UCCAGUAAUGGGGGAGGCACAACCCAGCAGCAGCACCACACCGCCACCAUCUCCAAGGCCUCCUUCAUCGUCACCACCACCAGCCCACACUACCUCCCUUAUCCAGCCCCCCAACAAGAAGAAAAACAGACCCAACAAAGUGUUCCGAGUCUUCCGAUCCGUUUUCCGGUCCUUCCCCAUCAUCACCCCCGCCUGCAGGCUCCCCUCCCACGCGGGCGGUUUAUUCCCGGAGUCCAACCACCGGAGCAGCGGCACCCGAAUCACCGGAACCCUCUUCGGGUACCGAAAAGGCCGUGUCAGCCUGUCCAUUCAGGAAAACCCUAAAUGUUUUCCCACAUUGGUCUUGGAACUUGCCAUGCAAACAAACGCAUUGCAAAAGGAGAUGAGUAUGGGGAUGGUGAGAAUAGCGUUGGAAUGCGAAAAGAGGGCCGACAAAGACAAGACCAAGCUGGUGGAGGAGCCGUUGUGGACCAUGUUUUGUAACGGGAAGAAGAGUGGGUAUGGUGUGAAGAGGGAGGCAUCCGAGGAGGACUUGCACAUCAUGGAGCUGCUCAGGGCGGUGUCCAUGGGAGCCGGAGUGCUGCCGGGGCAGUCGGAGGUGGAGGGACCGGACGGGGAGCUGGCCUACAUGCGAGCCUAUUUCGAACGGGUGGUGGGUUCGAAGGACUCGGAGACACUGUACAUGUUGAGCCCUGAUGGGAACAAUGGACCUGAACUCAGUAUUUUCUUUGUAAGGAUAUGAUGUUUUUUCUCUUUGGGUAUUGUUGUAAUAUUGGUUGAUUCACUUGGCUUCAUUGGUAAUUGAACAGGUGAGUAGUGUUUCUAGCUAGGUAGACAUCCAUGUACAACCAUUUUUGCACUUCCAUGCACCAUUGAGGUGUACGUACUAAGGGAGGUAUAGUGAAUUGAUUGUG